GGUCGGGUGCGCGGCGGGAGGGGUCGGCGGGCGGCCCCUCCCCCUGCCAGGUCCGGGCGAGCGCCUGGAGCCGCCAGAGUUUCCGCACCCGGGAGGGAGAUGCGGCCGGGGCUCAGGCUCCUUGCAGAUUCCUAACCAGCAUAAUGCUGGAGCCGGGAGCCACCAACCUGCAGUUUUCAGAAUGGCCGUGUUGGACACUGAUUUGGAUCACAUUCUUCCAUCAUCUGUUCUUCCUCCAUUCUGGGCUAAGUUAGUAGUGGGAUCGGUUGCCAUUGUGUGUUUUGCACGCAGCUAUGAUGGAGACUUUGUCUUUGAUGACUCAGAAGCUAUUGUUAACAAUAAGGACCUCCAAGCAGAAACGCCCCUUGGGGACCUGUGGCACCAUGACUUCUGGGGCAGUAGACUGAGCAGCAACACCAGCCACAAGUCCUACCGGCCUCUCACCGUCCUGACUUUCAGGAUUAACUACUACCUCUCGGGAGGCUUCCACCCCGUGGGCUUUCACAUGGUCAACAUCCUCCUGCACAGUGGCAUCUCUGUCCUCAUGGUGGACGUCUUCUCGGUUCUGUUUGGCGGCCUGCAGUACACCAGUAAAGGCCGGAGGCUGCACCUCGCCCCCAGGGCGUCCCUGCUGGCCGCGCUGCUGUUUGCUGUCCAUCCUGUGCACACCGAGUGUGUUGCUGGUGUUGUCGGCCGUGCAGACCUCCUGUGUGCCCUGUUCUUCUUGUUAUCUUUCCUUGGCUACUGUAAAGCAUUUAGAGAAAGUAACAAGGAGGGAGCGCAUUCUUCCACCUUCUGGGUGCUGCUGAGUAUCUUUCUGGGAGCAGUGGCCAUGCUGUGCAAAGAGCAAGGGAUCACCGUGCUGGGUUUAAAUGCGGUAUUUGACAUCUUGGUGAUAGGCAAAUUCAAUGUUCUGGAAAUUGUCCAGAAGGUACUACAUAAGGACAAGUCAUUAGAGAAUCUCGGCAUGCUCAGGAACGGAGGCCUCCUCUUCAGAAUGACCCUGCUCACCUCUGGAGGGGCUGGGAUGCUCUACGUGCGCUGGAGGAUCAUGGGCACGGGCCCGCCGGCCUUCACCGAGGUGGACAACCCGGCCUCCUUUGCUGACAGCAUGCUGGUGAGGGCCAUAAACUACAAUUACUACUAUUCAUUGAAUGCCUGGCUGCUGCUGUGUCCCUGGUGGCUGUGUUUUGAUUGGUCAAUGGGCUGCAUCCCCCUCAUUAAGUCCGUCAGCGACUGGAGGGUAAUUGCACUUGCAGCACUCUGGUUCUGCCUAAUUGGCCUAAUAUGCCAAGCCCUGUGCUCUGAAGACGGCCACAAGAGAAGGAUCCUUACUCUGGGCCUGGGAUUUCUCGUUAUCCCAUUUCUCCCCGCGAGUAACCUGUUCUUCCGAGUGGGCUUCGUGGUCGCGGAGCGUGUCCUCUACCUCCCCAGCGUUGGGUACUGUGUGCUGCUGACUUUUGGAUUCGGAGCCCUGAGCAAACAUACCAAGAAAAAGAAACUCAUUGCCGCUGUCGUGCUGGGAAUCUUAUUCAUCAACACGCUGAGAUGUGUGAAGCGCAGCGGCGAGUGGCGGAGUGAGGAACAGCUUUUCAGAAGUGCUCUGUCUGUGUGUCCCCUCAAUGCUAAGGUUCACUACAACAUUGGCAAAAACCUGGCUGAUAAAGGCAACCAGACAGCCGCCAUCAGAUACUACCGGGAAGCUGUAAGAUUAAAUCCCAAGUAUGUUCAUGCCAUGAAUAAUCUUGGAAAUAUCUUAAAAGAAAGGAAUGAGCUACAGGAAGCUGAGGAGCUGCUGUCUUUGGCCGUUCAAAUACAGCCAGACUUUGCUGCUGCGUGGAUGAAUCUAGGCAUAGUGCAGAAUAGCCUGAAACGGUUUGAAGCAGCAGAGCAAAGUUACCGGACGGCAAUUAAACACAGAAGGAAAUACCCAGAUUGUUACUACAACCUCGGGCGUCUGUAUGCAGAUCUCAAUCGCCACGUGGAUGCCUUGAAUGCAUGGAGAAAUGCCACCGUGCUGAAACCAGAGCACAGCCUGGCCUGGAACAACAUGAUUAUACUCCUCGACAAUACAGGUAAUUUAGCCCAAGCUGAAGCAGUUGGAAGAGAGGCACUGGAAUUAAUACCUAAUGAUCACUCUCUCAUGUUCUCGUUGGCAAACGUGCUGGGGAAAUCCCAGAAAUACAAGUCUGUAAACUGCUGGAAUUUCUAUUAAGGGGACAGAACCCAGAGUUCGUUUGGCUUCCAGUUCACGUUGUUCUUCCUCCCCCACCCCCAAGUAAAGUAGAAAAUAUUCUGUAAAGCAGAAUGGAGAAAUCAGCUUCCUCUUUCUCUACACAUUUUGCAUUUUAAUUAUCAAGGCCAAAGCACUGGGCCUAACUUAAGGAAACAGAAGGUGAAAUCUGAAACACAGAACUCACGAUGAGAUCUUCAGGAGCUACCAAGUGGGGGGACGUGAUGUGACUUCCUGAGCCAUGGCAUCAGCCACCAAGCAAGAAUUCCAUGUAUUUUUUUAGUUAAGGGUUUGAAUUUUAAGCAACUGUUUAGGUUUUCCUCUUCUAAUGCAAAAAUGAUACCGGUUGCUAAUGGUCAGCUGCAUCCCUGGCACUGCUUGUUUCAGGAUGUAGUGAGGGGACGUGUUUCCUCGCAGAGCACUGGGCAGGAUGUCCCAGAGAAGAGGGGAUGUGGUGAGUUGCAGGGCUGGGUGAACAGACCCUCCAGCCCAGCUAUCUUGAUGGCAGGGCAGGUGUCUGCUCCCUGACAACUCACUUUUUACCCAAGCACUUGCUGUUUUAUUUAUCAUGCACUUGGUAAAUCUCCUCAGAGAGCCUGGAGGCUUCUUGAGGUUGGAGCCGAGCCUUUGGUCCCGGUUUUGUAUCUCCAUUGCUGUCGGGCAGUUACGAAGCACCCAGUUAAGUAGUUGUAAAAUGAUCAAAUGCAUCUCUCAUUUGGCCCUGAAACGUUCAGGCUUCCAGAACCUAUUUUGAGAUGUUGAUAUGCAGAGUGAGUGUUCUCAUUAUAUCUGCGUGGCUCUAAGCACCUUUUUAUUCUAUCUGAGCAGCCCUUCUUAAAACCUAACAGCAGUCACUUAGCCUCUCUGGGUCUCAGUUUGUUCAUCUAUAAAAUGGAGAUAGUUAUCUGCCCAACCUCUUGACAAGGUGAUACAAAAAAAUGCACAACAACAUAAUUUGCAACUAUCAAAUGGUUAAUAUGUAUAUGUAUAUAUGUAUGGGUGUGUGUGUGUGUAUAUAUAUAUAUAUUUAGUUUAGUGAGCAUUCAAUCAUUCAGUGAAUCUCUAGGGAUCAUUAGAAUGUAUUAAAAUUUAUAUUACUUCUUGCCAUUUAAUUUCCAGUUUCAAGCUAAUGUGGUAAAGCAAAAAUACAAAAGUAAUGUUUUUCAGUGCUUAAAUCAUUGCUUCCUGUGUUGAUUUCUUUUUCUGUAGUGCUAAUUCCAGUGGCCCUGUAGCUUAAGUGCAGGUUAUGUUGACAGAGUCAGUUUCCUAAGCUCCAGACAUUUAUGUCACACCUUUAUGAUAUUUUUUUGCCACAUCUAGAUAUUACCUUAUUUACUUGACAUUUUUAUUUAAAUAGAUUUUUAACACGAAUAUAUUUAAAGGAGAAACAACGCAUCAUUACUAUAAAUACAGGGUAACUGAAAGUGAAAUAAUCAUACUAAAUCCCAGCUAGAUACUAUUGCUGGCCAAGGCUCUGAGCUCUCUUAGCUUCAAGGAGAGAUUGGCCGGUAUGUUAGAGGGUGGGGCCCACACACCACCACGACCAAGUGCAGACUUCAGCCCCAAUGCAAUCAGAAGGAAGGAGGGAGAAUAGAGAAUAACUCUCUUCCUGUGUGAUUCAUGGUUUCAACUUCACAUCAGAUCUCCCAUGUUACCCUUCCUAUUCUAGCGGAGGCACAGUGGCCCCUGUGCCCCAGAGCACUCUUGGGUGGCUGCUGUGGCUGAAAUGACCUCCGUCCACCCAGGCUUCCUCGCCUAGACAUAGAGACUAGCGCUUGUUCCUACCUAGAGACAUAAUUUGCAAGGCUUUCUCAGUCCUACACCUUUGUUAAAUACAUUUUGUCUAAUAUGCUUCAGAACAUAAUACCUUAUUUUUCCCCUUUCUGUUCAGAAAAAAAAUAUCCCCAACUCUAAAUGUGAGUUUAUUGGUUCAUUGGCAUUAAAUCGGCUCAUUGCCUGGGUCUUUAGUCAUCCAGAGACCUCCACAGAAGAUCAAUUUAUAAACAGUUCACUGCUUUCCUGAAUGAGGCCAUUAGAAGGCUGAUUUAAUAGAUGAACAUUUCAUGGGCUUUGAAUACUCACAGAUGCUGCGUUCUAAAGAGGCCCCUCCAACCCCACUCCCAGGCCCAGGUACAGGCCCAGGGGCUGCCCCCGUGACUUGGAUAGAGCCAGGCCGACCCACCCACACCUCCUCUCAAACCAUCUCUUCCUCCUGACACCCCUUCUUUUGUCCACAUGCUGUCGUGUUUUUGUUGCCCUGGCUUGGAAAUCUUGACUCAUUUUUCCUCCUUUGUCCCCCUGGCCCAGUGCUCUCUGCCUGUUAUUCCUCAUCCCUGUUCCUUCACACCGGCCUCCUCCUCACCCUGCAGAGUUUGGGUCCAGCCCUUGCUGACAGCAGUGGCCCUCUAACAAGGUGUCAGAUCUGAGCCCUUCCCUGUCUUCAGCACCACUGUGUCCCCCAAAUUGCUGACUCCUCAAUGUCCUGAAUGAUGUUCAUCCUCACAGGCAUCUGAGAACUUAGCUGAAUGAAUAAAUGAAUUUAGCAACACUAGAAAACUCCUAGCUUUUUAUCCCUAAGCCAUUUCUCUCUAGUUAACACUACUUCAUUUACAGGUUGGGAAGCAUUUUUAAGUACAUGUGGUUCCCUGGCCUUCGUAUGUCUCAAGUUUUAGGUUUUAAAUGGAAAUGUUUGAAAAUCAUCAGAAACAGCCCAGAGAGUCAGAAACCACUGCAAAACUACACAACCCAUUUGACUUUUUUUCUGCAGCCUUCCUGAUACGGCCGGAGUCUUGACCCUCUUGGAAGGAGUUUCAGCCCCUGAAACUUGGAAUGUAGACACUACACUGACUUUGAACUGACAUCCCAUAUGUUGUCCUGAUGUCUUUCUUAAGUCCCUCUUGGAUGACAUUUCUAAAAUAUAAAUGUUUCUCUGCCAGCUCUGUCCGAAAGGUCAUGGUUUUGGAGAUGGUCCCCCACAUUCUCAGCCAAUUUCUCAGGGGUACCACAGGCCAUACAGGGCAAAGGAACUGGUGGUCUUGCACAUUAUAAAAUGCACAGUCCCAGAUAUGGGAAGCCCACCUGGAAAAAAUUCAUGUAUGACCCAGGUAGAAGGCACAAAAACUAUCCUCACACCAACAAAUUUGUUUGGUUAAGCUCAAUGUGUGAUACCGAUUUUUUUUUUUUUUUUUUUUGAGACAGAGUCUUGCUCUCUUGCCCAGGCUGGAGUGCAGUGGCACAGUCUCGGCUCACCGCAAUCUCCACCUCUUGGAUUGGAGCAAUUCUCCUGCCUCAGCCUCCCAAGUAGCUGGGAUUACAGGCACGUACCACCACACCUGGCUAAUUUUUGUAUUUUUAGUAGAGACGGGUUUUCACCAUGUUGACCAGGCUGGUCUCGAACUCCUGACUUCAAGUGAUCUGCCCACCUUGGCUUCCCAAAGUGUUGGGAUUACAGGCAUGAGCCACCAUGCCCAGCAUGUGAUACUGAUGAAAGCAUGCUCCCCUUAAGGAAUGUGAAGGUGGAUGGAGUGAACAGCGCCCCCAGGGCACAUGUCAAUAAAAACAGGUUAGGCGUCUUUAUUUCUCAGCAUUAUGGUAGAAGGGACCAGCCAGCCAUCAGUUUUUAGCAGUGAUCAGGGUAGGAAGACACUUUGCCCUGCCUCUUAGGGGCCAGGUUGGAAGUGAGUAUGACUUGGAAGAAAUGCAAGGCUGUACAAGAAUCGAUUCACACCCAUCAGGGGCAUUUGGUCAUGGUCAUGUGCAGUACUGUGACAAUGUAGUUGACAGGUGGCCAUUCCUUCCUCUUUUCUGCGCAUUCUUUCCAGAUGGAUGGGGCUGCUUCUGGGCGGCCCAGAGUGUUGUAGGUUCUUGAGGGAGAGGAAAUGGGCCUCAACUGCUACCCCAAGAGCUCUGGAAAUGGCAUUGGCAUGGGUGUGCUCCACGGCUCAGCCUUCUCCUGUUCCCUGGGCCUCCUGUCGUCAUCACGCACCCUGACCUGGGCGACUUGCAUAACAUUACAGAAGUCCAACCACUGCAGGGAGGCAGGUGGUGGCACUCACGAACAUGUUCAUCCCCUCUCUGCGGCCACCACUCCCUCCCACUGCCGCUUGUCAGCCUCUCUUUGGCAGAGCGUGGCCCCGCUGGGCCUUCCGAGUGUUUCUGGAGGAAUGCAUUGAUACAAAAGGAGGAGGUUAAAAGUUUGAAAACCGUAGGUGAUAAAACUGGGAACUGCUUUUGCUUCAUGUACAAUAAAUAUCUUCCUUUUUAUGUUUCU